AUGCCUGAGAUUUUGGGGCAUCUAACAGAGGCCUUAAAAUAUAAUCUCCAAAAGGGCAUACAAAAUGGCAAACAACAGGGUCAUCAACUCAUUGUGGCCAGUUACAACAAUCUGAUGAAAAAUCAAGAACACAAAGUGGAAAAUCCAAAAGACGCCUAUAUUGUGGGCUGGUGCAUAGAAUUGUUGCAUGCGGCCCACAUAAUAUACGAUGAUAUUUUAGAUCAAAGCAUUUCAAGAUAUGGUCAGCCUUGUUGGCAUCAAAUGAAAAAUAUUGGCUUAAAAGUCUUUAAUGAUGCCAUUAUAUUUGAUAAAUCACUUUUCCUUUUAAUGCGUCUGCAUCUGGGCACUAAGGAUUACUAUGCCAAACUGAUGGAACUAUUCCAGGAGGUGGCUUUGGUGACAUCAUAUGGUCAACACAUGGACUUGACAUACUCUAGGCUACCGCCAACUGAAUUCAAUGUGGAUAUGUAUAAAACCACAACAGACACUAAAGUGGCGUAUUGUGGCUUUUACUUGCCAUCUGUUGCGGCUAUGUAUAUGGCGGGCAUCAAAAAUCCCCUAGCCUAUGAUUUUACCAGACAAAUAUCGCUAGAUAUGGGCCAUCUAUUUCAAGCUCAAAAUGAUUGGAUGGAUUGUUUUGGCCAUCCCGAAAGAACGGGAAAGCCCUCAUCCGACAUUGAGGGUGGCAAAUGCACUUGGCUGGCCACUGAGUGCAUGCAGAGGGCUAAUCCCAAGCAAAAGCAAAUAAUGGUGGAAUGUUAUGGGAAAAAAGAUUCCGAAAAAUCCCAACGUGUUAAGGACCUCUAUAAAACCUUAGACUUGCCCAAUGUAUAUGCCGCCUUUGAGAAGAAGACUUUAGAGGCCAUUCGAAAGAGAAUACAGCAAGCGAGCAAGGAGGUGCCGGGAGAAGUUAUGUUGCAGACAUUGAAUACGAUUUAUCAACAAGCCCAAUACACUUAG